AAUAAAAAUCAAUAAAACAGUUGAAUGAAUGUCAUCGCCAUUGAUGUAACAAAACAGUCAAUAGAUAUCAUAUCAUAUCAAACAUAUUGUCUAUAUAUUGAAGAUCUGAUCCGAGCGACAACAACAACAAAAUGGUUGAACAUAUGAUGCGCUCGGAUCUGAUGUCACUCUGCCAGCUGUUCCUGCAGUCGGAGGCCGCCUAUAACUGUGUGGCCGAGUUGGGAGAGUUAGGACUGACACAGUUCAGAGAUUUGAAUCCCGAUGUCAACGCUUUUCAGCGCAAGUUUGUCAACGAAGUCCGCCGUUGCGAUGAAAUGGAGAGAAAACUUAGAUAUCUGGAGAAAGAGAUCAGACGCGACGGUAUACCUAUGCUGGACAUUGGCGACAAUCCCGAAGCGCCGCAACCGCGUGAGAUGAUCGAUCUUGAGGCCACAUACGAAAAGCUGGAAAAUGAGCUCAAAGAGGUCAACACCAAUGCCGAAGCGCUUAAGAAGACAUACCUCGAGUUAUCUGAAUUGAGACACAUAUUGAAAAAGACUCAACAGUUCUUCGACGAGGUGUCGGACAUACCAAUACAGAUGCAAGACUCUGGCUAUCAGGACGAGAACAUACAGUUGUUGGGCGAGGAAGGUCUACGAGCCGGCGGUCAACCGGCCUUGAAGUUGGGAUUUGUGGCCGGAGUUAUACUACGCGAACGAUUACCAUCGUUUGAGCGUAUGCUGUGGCGGGUGUGUCGCGGCAAUGUAUUUCUACGACAGGCCGAAAUCGAUACGCCACUGGAAGAUCCGCAUACCGGCGACAAUGUCUAUAAGUCGGUCUUUAUUAUCUUCUUUCAAGGAGAACAACUCAAGUCUAGAGUUAAAAAGAUAUGCGAAGGUUUUCGGGCCACUCUAUAUCCCUGUCCGGAGACACCAUCGGACAGACGCGAAAUGAUUAGCGGUGUUGUCUCGCGAAUCGAAGACUUGAAUACCGUUUUGUCGCAGACAACCGAACACCGACAUCGAGUACUGGUCGCUGCGGCCAAGAAUAUUAAGAACUGGUUCGUUAAAGUACGCAAAAUUAAGGCCGUUUAUCAUACACUGAAUAUGUUUAAUUUGGAUGUCACACAAAAAUGUCUGAUUGCCGAAUGCUGGGCGGCCAACGAUGACUUGGAACGCAUUCAGAUGGCACUGAAACGCGGUACCGAACGCAGCGGUUCAACGGUACCGUCCAUAUUGAAUAAGAUGGACACCCAGGAGGUGCCGCCGACUUUCAAUCGUACCAACAAAGUUACGCGCGGCUUUCAGGCUAUUGUCGAUGCCUACGGUGUGGCCACCUAUCGCGAGAUGAAUCCGGCACCGUUCACAAUGAUAACCUUCCCGUUUCUGUUUGCCGUAAUGUUUGGCGACGCCGGUCACGGACUAAUUAUGACACUGUUUGGCCUAUGGAUGGUACUCAAGGAGCGCAAUCUCAUACAGCAAAAGUCGACUAACGAAAUAUGGCUAACAUUUUUCAAUGGUCGCUACAUUAUACUAAUGAUGGGCUGCUUCUCCAUCUAUACCGGGUUUAUCUAUAACGACAUAUUUUCUAAAUCGUUGAACAUAUUUGGCAGCUCGUGGUCGGCCGUAUCGCUAAACAAAUCGAAAAGCUAUCCACACGAACAUUAUAUACUGGAUCCUCAAGUUAAUUACGAUGGAGGACCAUAUUUUUUCGGUUUAGAUCCGGUUUGGCAACUGUCGGAAAAUAAGAUACUGUUUCUCAAUUCGUAUAAAAUGAAACUAUCGGUUAUACUCGGUGUCGGCCAAAUGUUUUUCGGUGUUAUGCUUAGCCUAUGGAAUCAUAAAUAUUUUCAAAAUCGACUGAAUAUUAUCUGCGAAUUUAUACCGCAAGUAAUCUUUUUGUUGUCGAUCUUCGGUUACAUGAAUCUGAUGAUUGUUGUCAAAUGGCUUAAAUAUGAUUCGCGUGAAUCUGGUUGCGCGCCAUCCAUACUAAUCAAUUUGAUUAAUAUGUUUCUAUAUAAAUAUGUCGACGACGACGAUAAGACAUCCGCCUGUUAUCUGAAGGACUGGUACGCGGGACAGAAAUUUUUUCAAACAGUACUACUGUUGGCGUCGUUGGGUUGUAUACCGUGGAUGUUGUUCGUCAAACCCUAUAUACUGAUGAAACAACACGAACUUCGUAUGCGUUUUCAUUCGACUAAUGAAGUACUGGUCGAUGGCGAUACUAGUAUUCAGAUUGAACAGCCGCCGCCACCAUCGGCUCACGGAGAUCACGGUGACGGCCAGUUCGAUGUUCAAGAGGUGUUCAUACAUCAGGCAAUACAUACUAUUGAAUACUGUUUGGGAUCCAUAUCGCAUACGGCCAGCUAUCUGCGUCUGUGGGCACUGAGUCUGGCCCACGCCCAACUGUCGGAGGUGUUAUGGUCGAUGGUCAUGCGUAUCGGACUCAAUGGUAACGGUAUUUUUGGCGGUAUUGUCAUGUUUUUCAUAUUCGGUUUCUGGGCGUUCCUGACGGUCAGCGUUCUGUUGCUGAUGGAAGGUCUGAGCGCUUUUCUUCACGCCCUACGUCUGCACUGGGUUGAAUUUCAAUCCAAGUUUUACUCGGGAAUGGGCUAUUCAUUUCAACCGUUUUCGUUUGAGGUAAUACUCGAAUUGGCGGCUCAAGAGUCGACCACCGAAACCAAUUGA